UACGUACAACCUUGCCACACAGAGCCCUCCAAGGCAGUCCCUAGAGCCAUUGAAACAGUCGCAGACAUGACCCUUUGGUUGAAUCUUCUCCUGUUCUCUGCCUUUUUCUCAGAAUGUCGUUCAGAGGUUCAGCUGGUGGAGACCGGAGGAGGUGUUGUGUCCCCAGGAGGCUCCCUCCGCCUCACCUGCAAAGCUUCAGGAUUCACUUUUAGCGACUACAGCAUGCAUUGGGUCCAUCAGGCUGCCGGGAAAGGCCUCGAGUGGGUGGCAGGAAUAAGUUAUGAUAGUGCUUAUCAGUGGUAUAACUCCAAGGUUCAGGGAAGAUUCACCAUCUCCAGAGACAACGCUCAGAGUUCAGUGGAUCUGCGGAUGGCAAGCUUGAAGCCUGAAGACUCUGCCGUGUAUUACUGUGCGAGGGACACAGUUGCAACUUCUGCUUUCAAUCUCGUAGAAAAACGUCACAUCUCUUCGACUGUGGAGUGUGGAGGUGUCGUCUCACAGGUGGUGCUGACCCAGUCAGGUCCAGUCUUGAAAAAACCUGGAGAAUCUCACAAGCUGACCUGUGCCACCAGUGGGUUUACUCUCAGCAGCACCUGGAUGAACUGGGUUAGACAGAAACCUGGCAAAGGACUGGAAUGGCUUGUGUAUUAUUACAACACUGCAUCUGGGAACAGUUAUUAUUCUCCUGCAAUCCAAGGCCGAUUCACAGCCUCUAAGGACAGCUCCAACUUCUAUCUGCAAAUGAACAACCUGAAAGAGGAAGACACAGCCGUCUAUUACUGUGCACGGGACACAGUGAGAGAGAUCCCAGCAGAGCUGAGACAAAAACCUAUUCCUUCAUGA